CAUUUUCACUCCAACAUGGUGACCGCGCCACCUAGUGAACGUUUCCAGAAAAGCAGAGUUUCUUUGGUUAUACGCUCUUUGGUGGAGUGGAACUCAGACAUUCAUGUAUGCACACUCGUCUCGCAAAGCUUUUGUUUUCUCCCGAAAAAUACUUGCUGCCAAUCUUUUAAACGCAUGAAUGCAACGUUUCGUAUCUGCAGAUCUGCCCCUCGCAUAUUACAAACCGGUUUAUUGAAAUCUUUCACCUCCUGUCAUUAUAAGAUGGCAUCCACGAAACACAAGAACACGAAAAGAAUAGAAGGUCUGGACAAGAAUGUAUGGGUGGCCUUCACAUCAGUUGCAGCAGAUCCUUCCAUUGUUAAUCUUGGUCAGGGUUAUCCAGACAUUCCUCCCCCUUCCUAUGUGAAAGAGGGUCUCGCUCAGGCUGCAAUGGUAGACAGGCUGAACCAGUACACACGUGGCUUUGGCCACCCAACACUGGUUAAAGCUCUGGCAAAAGUAUAUGGAAAAGUGUAUGACCGUCAGCUCGACCCGUUUAAAGAGAUCCUGGUGACAGUGGGUGGAUACGGGUCUUUAUUUAGCACUAUGCAGGCUCUGGUUGAGGAGGGCGAUGAGGUUAUUAUUAUCGAACCUUUCUUUGAUUGCUAUGUUCCCAUGGUAAAAAUGGCAGGGGCUAAACCAGUUUUAAUACCUUUGCGAUUGAAACCGACAGCCACGUCCAGUAUAAGCAGUGGAGACUGGGUUCUGGACCAGGAAGAACUUGCCAGUAAAUUCAACUCUAAAACCAAAGCCAUCAUCAUCAACACGCCCAAUAACCCGAUUGGAAAAGUAUUCAGUAAGAGUGAGUUGCAAGCUAUUGCUGAUCUAUGUAUCAAACACGACACCCUGUGCUUCAGUGAUGAGGUAUAUGAGUGGCUCAUAUAUAAAGGCCACGAGCAUGUUAAGAUAGCAACUCUUCCUGGAAUGUGGGACAGAACGAUCACUAUUGGCAGUGCAGGGAAAACAUUCAGUGUGACUGGAUGGAAGCUGGGUUGGUCAAUCGGACCUGAACACUUGAUCAAACACCUACAGACCGUUAUGCAAAGCACUCUGUAUACGUGUCCAACCCCGUUACAGGAGGCGGUUGGUCAGGGUCUUCUUCGGGAUUGUGAGCUGAUGGGUAAGCCGGACUGCUACUUUUCCUCUUUAGCAUCAGAGUUGGAAGGGAAAAGAGAUCGAAUGGCAUCUAUGUUAAAACAGGCAGGCAUGACUCCGGUGGUUCCUGAAGGAGGAUACUUUAUGGUUGUGGAUGUCACAGCACUCAAUAAGGACUUGUCACAUAUAGGAGAUGAUGAAGCAUAUGACUACAAGUUUGUCAAAUGGAUGAUCAAAGAGAAGAAACUGGCUGCGAUUCCUGUGACAGCCUUUGUGGGGGAAGCGUCAAUAAAGCAGUUUGAGAAGUACAUUCGUUUGUGCUUUAUCAAGCAAGAGAGCACAUUGGAUGCAGCAGAAGCCAUUUUAAAGAACUGGAACAAGGGUUGACUCCUGAAUGCCUGAUCAUGCAGUGAUGUAGUAUUUAAAGCUUACUGACUUAAAAGUGUGCAUAAUUACAUACAGUGCAGAUUCACCCUGCCUUAAUACUGUAAGCAACAUGUAUGUUCAGAUUUACACUUUUAUUAAUUUGUUUAAAAUUUGGUGUUCAUACAUCCUAUUACUGUGACCAAUACUGUGGGUGUCUUGAAUUUUGGGUUUGUAAUUGAGGUAUAACUUUUACGGUCUUUAGGUUCUUUGUGCAUUUUGACAUUAGUAUUUUGUCACUAAUUGUCUUACAUUUAUUCAUGGAUGUUACUUGUAUAAAUAAAAUCCUUUCAGAAGUAAAACAGCAGAUGACUGCGGGCCGGAUCCGAACUGGAGCAGCCGACUUUGUCGCAGACCCGGCCCGGAGUCGUCUGCUGUCUGGGUUGAAAGUGAGGGGGAAAUAACAUUAUGAAAUGAAUUAUUUUCUCUAACAUAAACUGGACACAAUUAUUGGCACCCUUUCAAUACUCUUUACUACCUUAAUUUUCAUGUAUUCUUGGAUUAUAAUGCAUGAUGAGGUUGAAGAAUUCAUGGCAAGUGAUCUUAGAUUAUUCCUCCAUCUAAAAAUAUAUCCAGACCCUCCAAAUGUUGCUGCUCUCUACUCUUCAUUGUAGUCAUUUUCUAUAUGGUUCAGGUAGGACUGCGAUAUAUAUCAGAUGGCACAGACGAUUAUGAAUGUGAUAUUGCCUGGGUUGUUGGUGAACUGUGGCUCUGUGUAGUAAAUGCCGCUCCAUCUGAAAGCAGGUGAUGGCAAUUUACUACUAAUUACGGAACUGGCUUUACUGAUGAGACGCGCAUGAAAAUCCUAUCCGAUAUGUCUCCCAGCCCUAGGUUCAGGACAGGGAACUUUGAGCCUUUUCUGAAAGGAUAAUUUUAUAUACAUAUAUAUACAUAUAUAUAUACAUAAAAGGCUCAGCCUUGCACAUUAGCUGAGUGAAAGCCUUUGCUGUUUGCACAAAAGGUACUGUAAUAAUAAUUCACUGAAGGCAAAUAAACUCUGCAAAGAAUCAAUAACAAUAAAGUCGUUUUAAAGUAGUUUAUUUCUGAUAACAAACAAAAUAAACAACAAGUACAUAACCUUAGUUUAAAUCAUAGCUAAAGUGAAUCAAAAACUACACUUAGCUAACGUUAAUGUGUACUAUAAUUUAUACAAUGUUAACUACAAACCGGCUGCCAAACCUCCCUUCACAUAGCGGUGAUCCAUGAUCGCGGAUUAAAGAGAUGCAACUGAAAUACCAAUAAAUGCAUUUACAUAAAGAUGUUUAUAAGGAGAACCCACAAAGAAUUUGCUCAUCUCAAACAAGCCUAUUAGUCUUGAGAGCAUACGUGCAAACUACUCUUACGAUCGAGUGUACUUGGUGCAACCGAGAUCAGCUGUAGGACCAAUAUACCACUGAUUACAGUAUUGUGAAUAUGCAACAGCGCGUAUAUUUGGGUCUAUUAAUUAUGUCGCAGGUCAUUUUGCUGUAAUGUGUGUGCCUGUAUUUGGUCAUCGGUGGUCCCGAACUCCUGAUCACUUUUUAAAAUGGCUGCGCAGUUCAAAUGAUUACUCUACUAGGCCAUCAGUGCAGCACUGAUUCGCGUAAUUUACAGGCCAUUCACGAAAAAACCCAGCCAAUAUUGAUAUGUGGGCCCCACGUGGGUACUAUCUAGGCAGCAUGGGUUCCAUUUGGUCAUGGGCUUAACAUGGGCAAUAUAUGUGGGUCCCAUGUGAGUUUCACUAUGUGGGUCACAUAGGUUUGCCCAUGUGGGAUGAUAAUAUGGGAAAAUAAUUGCAUGCUUGAAAUACAUCUUUAUACAUUUAAACUCUUGACAUAAAUACUUUUGGUUGAUUGUCACUUUUAUAAGAGCAAACUGAUCAGUUUAAACCUUUUAAAUAAAAGGCAUUCUUUUCUAUUGUGUUUCAUAUAAGGAAAUAUCAUUAUGACCUGCUCACUGUUUCCACACAUUACACUUGACUAGUCCUGUUUCAAAUCUUUUAAUUACGAAUUUCUUCACAUAAGUUAAUAUCAUAUUUCAUAUAAUCUUUACUGAAAAUAGGCAGACUUUUAAAAUUACAACGAUAAAGAUUAUAAACAGGAGUCCCUUACAACUGUUACUGGAAACAUUUGUAAACACUUUGUGAUUUAUUCCCAGUUUUGUUUUUAUAAAAUGGAAAACUACAGUGCAAGUUAACAUACAGCACAGCGAUGAAUCAAAGCAAACAUGCAUAGACAUUUAAUGAGCUUGGCUGUGGAUGCUUUGGCAGUUCUUCAUAAAACUGUAAAGCAAAGAUUAAAUGAUCAGAAUUAAGACCAUCUCCAGAACAAUGAGCAAUGUUGGUGUUGUUUUUGAGUCCUGAGUAUUUUAAGAGUUUGACUUCUUUUUUUUUUUGCUAUUUUAAGUGUUAUGUUAAAUUGUUGUAGUCAUUACCUGCAUUAAAUGUUGUUAAUUAUUUUAGUGUUAAAAGUGUAAUAAAUGGACAAUAAAGUAGUUUGAUAUACUGAA